CUUUUUUUAUUCAAAUUUUUAGAUUGAUUCAAUCAUUUCUCUUAUGUGGCAUUGUAGCUAUAGAGGAAUUUAAUGUAUAGAAUAUGCUGAUCCCUGAAUAUUAUACUCCUUGCGUCCCAUUAGCAAAAAUCCGACCCAUUAAAAAAUCAAUAAAAUACAAUGUGACCCAAGGUUGUGGGUUUAAAGAGGACUACAAUGCUAAGGGAAUAAUUGAAAAUACUUGUCAAUUCAAUUUCUAAGAUCAUCACGGGCCAGCUCAGGUUAAUUGCUGGAAAGAACCUAUGAGUCCCUCACAAUGGAAACAAGAGCACUUUGUGAUUGUAUCUUUGUCUGGAUGGGGUUUGCUUUUUUACGGUGGAUACAAGUUGUUCACUGGAGGCAAGAAGAACAAAGAAGAGUGCUGUUGGACUAAAAUUCAGACCUCGUCGUUGUGGUCCCCGUAUUCUCCCUGCUCUCCCAAGCUGGCAGCAGAGCCUGUCGUAUUGCCUGUCUCUUCUGUUUCCUUAUCAUGCUCAACGUCAAGGAAAUGUGGAAAGAGUGGAGGACUAGUGGAUGAACAAACAAGACUGGCCUCACUUGGCUCUCAGAGUAAAUAUAGGUUAAUGUGUCACAGAUAGAGUGCUGCUUGUCAUCUCAAAUUGGUUCUCAAACUGCUUCCCCCCUCUCUCUCUCUCUUAGAAGAGCCACAGAAUUUGUGAUGCUGAUCUGUAAGGAACUGAGGAAGUAACGAGAUUUUGAAGGAUACAUGUGCAUGGCAUGGACUGGUCAAAAGGUUUGGGCAUACAUUUAGCAACAAGCAAGUUAAGUGAACUCUUUUAGUACCUCUCUGGCCUUUUAAUUGGUUGACCUUUAUUAAGGAAAUGAUGUACAUGAGAGAGGAUUAGCACAUUGUAGUCACUUGAACCCAAACCCGAAGCAUUGAUAAGGUUGAGUAAAACCAAACAGAUCAGAUACAAAAGCCUAGCUUCACUCUUAAGUAUAAAUCCAUGGAAAUAUCUGUACCCUGGUGCCAUCUGAUAUUUUUGUUCCUUUA